UCUGUACUAGAAUUAUGUCACGAAUACAAUGACAUGACGUUUUACCUAGAAGGAGACACAUUAACGUGCACAACAAAAAUUAAUAGCGAUACGAAAUAGCGAUACGAAUAGAUUCAUCACUAAUAAACAUCCUUACCGUUUACCUGAAAAGCAUAAAGACGAGGUAAACAAACAAAUUCAAGAAAUGCUAAAACAGGAAAUUAUCAGACCAAGCGUCAGCCAAUGGAACGCAUUAGUUAUGCCGAAAAAGACAGAUGCUUCAGGUAAAACAAAAUUGCGAAUUGUGAUUGAUUUCAGGAAAUUGAAUGAUCUCACAAUCGGAGAUUUAUUCCCGUUGCCCAACAUAACGGAUAUACUUGAUCAGUUGGGCAACGCGAAAUAUUUCACGACAUUAGAUCUCGCAUCAGAUUACCAUCAGAUACCAAUGGCGGAACAAGAUAAAAAUAAAACUGCAUUCUCUACGCCAUACGAUCAUUACGAAUUUAACAGAAUGCUGUUUGAUUUAAAAAACGCACUUGCAAUCUUCCAACGCUUAAUAAAUUCAGUUUUAAUGGGUUUGCAAGGAAUUAAAUGUUUAGUAUAUCUCGAUGACAUUGUAAUAUACGGUCCUAGCCUUACAGAACAUAAGUGUCGGUCCACAACCUUGCUUUAAGAGGCCGUAAGCCGUAGGCCGUAAGCGUUAAGUGACGUAAUUCCUGUUUUUAAGUUGUUCCCGCGCAGUUUUUAGGCUUUAACCUAAAGACGUAAGCGAAUUGCGCAAAACUCAAUUCUUACGGCCUAAAGCAUAAAUCUUCCGGUCGACGUAUCAUUCCUAUCCAAUCAGCAAAAAGCAAAAGGAAGAUUGUUAUGUGAAGGCAUCGUUUGAAUGAAAUGUAUUUAGUAUUCCUCGUGGAUAACUUCCGAUGGCUGUGAUCUUGUUAACUGAAUUAAGUUAAUAAAUAAGCGUAACAAUAAUGGAAAACUCAAACGUGAUAAUAACAAAAGAAAGCAUGAAGGAGGAAAUUCAAGAUGAAAUUCUAAUCGCUUUAGUGAAAGAGAACCCAAUAUUGUAUAACAAAAAACAUCCGGAUUAUAAAAACCACGAAGUAAAGAAAGAUACCUGGAAUAUGAUAAAAGUACAGUGUGGAAUGUCAUCAGGUUAUUGCUGUUUAUGUAUGUGCUAAAAUGUGUAAUUUACAAUUUAUUUAUUCUAACCUCUUUGUUAUUCAUAUAGUCGAAGAAAUAGAGAAUAGAUGGAAUCAAUUACGGAAUUAUUUUGGGAAAAAAUUAAGAGAAAUGAAAGUAAAAUCAGCCAGCGGAUCAAGUGGAGGCACUAAUGCUAAAAAAAGUGGAAUGGUAUCUUAUGGGAGCUAUGUCAUUUCUAAUUCCAUAUAUUAGUCACCGAAGAGGUCGUAGUUCUAUGGGAAACGUAAAUUUUUCUACAUCAUCUACAUUAUCUACAUCAUCCGAGAUUUCUUCCCCUAUAUCAUCACAGCCAUCUAUAAGCAGCAAAGUAUGCAACAUUGAUUUUGUACAAAAUGAUAGUGUAGAUAUUGUUGUUGACGAUACUAGCUCGACAAAUGAGAGUACUGCUUGUUCUGAUUCAACAACUGUUGAAAUAAAGCCUGAAACUAAAUCUGUUCUUUUAAAAAAGAAGAAAGUCAUUCCUGAUUUAGAUAUUUUUGCAAAAAAAAACAAAAAAAAUGAUGUAGAAAAUCUUCUAGCACAAUCAACCUCAGCCUUAACCAAUCUUGCAACAGUUGUGCACAAAUCCAUUUCUGAAUCUGUUUCUAAUAAAAUAAAUGAACACAAAUAUAAGUCGAAUCCUUAUGCUGAGAGUAUUUUAGUUGCAUUUGAUCAAGUACCAGUGAUAAAACAAGUAGAUUGUUUAAUUGCUACAUUGAAUGUAAUCAAAAGUUAUCAAGCUCUACAAGCUGAUUUAGUACAACAUUAAUUUGUCUUUACGUUUGUUAUUUGCCUUCGUUUAUUUGAUGUUUUCUUUAUUUUAAUUUUAAUUUUAAUUUAUAUAAUUUAUUUUAUUUUACAUAUUUAAUUUUAAUGUCUAAAAAUUUUUUUUUUAAAUAAACACUGCAUUUGGCUAAACGCAGCUAAUAUUUAUUAAUAUAAGAUAUUAAAACCUUCGCAUGAAUAAAU